AUGGCCGGAGACGGUGGUGGUGGAGGCGAGGGCGGAGAUGGCUGGAGCCGGUCCGAGGCCGCUGGUGGGGGUGUCAACCCGUUGUCGAUGGAGGGCAGCGCGCUGACGAUGAUCCGGCAGCUCGACGUGCACCCGUGCAGCAAGCGCUUCCUCACGCUGACGACGACGCCGACGGCGCUGCAGCUGGUGCAACCGUGUCGCGGUAGCGGCUACACUGUGGAUGCCUCUUCGGAGAGAGCGGGGACGGGAGAGGGCAGUAGUAGUAAUAGCAAUAGCGUCGGUGCCGGUACUGCGACGAACCAUCGUAACCGCACCGUCCCCCCGUAUCAGCGCCGCCCUCCACCGGCGUGUGUGGUGCAAAACUACGACCUGGCGACGGACACGGCGGGUGACAACCGUGUUAGGGACGCCAGCGAGGAGGAUCGGAGCUGCGAGCCUGGUGCGGCGUGCUUCCACGACUUUAGCCCCGUCUUCUGCGUCGGCACCGGCAGCUCCGUUCGUCUGUACGGCAUGUCGCACCUCAGUACCAUGGCCACGUACAUGGACGUUGACCUCGCGUAG